AUGCCAGAAGCCGCAGCUUCACUUUCUGGCGACCCCACCACGCCGAGCUACUACGGGCAUGCAAAAACGGCAUUACUCCUGUUGGACUUCCAUUCCAUGUUUGUUAAAAUGGCUGGUGGGCCAAAGGCACCAGCGGCCUUAGAAAUCGCGGCGCGGAUGAGGACGUGGGCAAAGUCCCAGGGCAUUGUUGUCAUUCACGCUCUCAUCAACGUGGACGCUGUCACAUUUCCAACUUGCAAAGGCGCUGAAAGGUUGAGCAGUAUUAUGGGCGAUAUGAAAUCAGGAGGUGUCGAAGAGCCGCCUCAGCUGCUUCAGGACUUCAGUCAGGAUGAGCCUACAUUCACAAGGACACCCGGGCAUGUAUCCGCUCUCAAGUCGCCUGGCCUCCAGGAGUUCUUGCAUGAGAAGGGAAUCAAGUCACUCAUUCUCACCGGCCUAAGCACUUCGGGAUGCGUGUUGAGAACAGCAAUCACCGCAACGGACGCUGAAUUUGUUGUGUCGGUCAUUUCCGAUGCGUGUGCCGAUCGGGAUCAGGAUGUCCAUGAAGUGGUAGUUGAGAAGUUGAUACCGUCGAGGGGAUAUGUCACAACUGCUUCUGUGUUUCAGGAGGAAUAUGCUAAGGCCAGGACAAGGGAUUAA